GGCGCCCUGUCGCUUCUCGGGGAUUUCAAGCCCCGCCCCGCCCGCCUGCCUGCCGGAGGAUCGGGGCUCUUGGGGGCUGGUGGAGUCCAGGGGCUGCCCGGGAGCCUCCCAGCACGACGGAGCAGAGCAGGGCAGGUCCCGAGUUCGAGUCUCGCCCCGCCUUGCGCGCGUUCCGAGGCGCCCCCCUGGCGUGGGACGGGGCUUGUCGUUGUCUGAUUCUUGCACCCUUGCAAGGCGUGCCCGAGAGAGGAAUACCGAUCUUCCUUACCAGGUUCUAAAUGGCUGCUAGAAAGUCGGGAUCUGACUUUCAUGGGCCCUUUAGUUACCUUGAUGACGUCCCAUUCAAGAUAGGAGACAAGUUCAAAGCACCAGCCAAAGUUGGCCUGCCUAUUGGCUUCUGCUUGCCUGACUCUCCGCAGCUUGUAAGGGAAGCCCAGUAUGACUUCUCCCUGGAAAAGAGGACAAUUGAGUGGGCAGAGAACAUUAAAAGAAUCCAGGCUGCCCAACAGGAGGCUGAACGGAAGACUGAGGAGGCCCUCGCAGACGCCAAGGCAGCCUUGGAGGAGCAGAUCCAGGCUGCCAUCUUGGAAGGCCAUGGCUCGAGGGCCGCCAUGCCGCCUCCCAUCAACCCCAUCCUGGCGAGUCUGCAUCACAACUACAUUCUUAUUCCGACCCCAGCCAACAGCAGCACCCUGAAGCAAAAGGUCCUGAGCCCGCCCCACGCCAAGGCUGAUUUCAACCCAGCAGAUUUUGAAUGUGAGGAAGACCCCUUUGACAAACUGGAAUUAAAAACAAUUGAUGAUAAGGAGGAACUGAAGAACAUUCUGGAAAUCCAUGUUGGUACAAGAGGGCCAAUAGUUGCCCAGCUGCUAGACAAUAGCUUCCCCAAAGUAGCAUCCGAGUCUGUAUUACAAGACCAGGAGGUUUUGGCUUCCUUAGAAAGGGCCACUUUGGACCUCAAGCCCCUCCACAAGCCGAAUGGUCUUAUCUCUCUGCCACAGCUGGGGGGUUGCGAAAAGAUGUCGCUGUCUUCCAAAGUGUCCCUCUCACCCGUGACGUCGGUGAGCAAUAUCAAGUCUCUCUCCUUCCCAAAGCUAGACUCGGAUGAGAGUGACGUGCAAACGGCGAAGCUGGCGAGCACUUACCACAGCGCAGCCUGCCGCCACAAUGGCACUUUCCUCAGCUCUUUGCAGAGCAAAGCCAGCGAACUGAACGGGCAUCCUGGGGCUGGGCUUUCUGACCUCAGCGCAGACAGGGGCCCAGAGACGCAAACGAGGCCCUCCCUGCCCAGACUGCCUUCCCUGCCCACCUCGGUAGCGUGUACAGAAGAAAUCCCAGCUCUCACCACAGCCACGACGGUAACUCACCAAAGUUUCCCAACAUCUAAAGUGCCCAAUACUACCAGCUGUGCAAAAUGGCCAAGUGACCCUCCGUAUGUCGAUGGCAUGCAGGCCCUUUCCUCCAGUGAGCGGCAGUGCAUUGAAACUGUGGUCAACAUGGGCUACUCCUACAAGGAUGUCCUGAAAGCCUUGAAGAAGAAGGGGCAAAAUAUAGAGCAGGUUCUUGACUACCUGUUUGUUCAUGGGCAGCUCUGUGAGAAGGGCUUUGAUCCUCUCCUUGUAGAAGCUGCUUUGGAAAUGCAUCAGUGUUCAGAGGAGAAGACAACAGAACUUCUCCAACUAAUGAGUAAAUUUAAAGAAAUGGGAUUUGAACUGACAGACAUUAAAGAGGUUUUAUUAUUACACAACAAUGACCAGGACAAUGCACUGGAAGACCUAAUGACCCGGGCUGGCGCCAGUUGAAGAGUGUGUAGAGGAGCACACACCUUGCCCGGCCAACCAGACCCUUGCCACAUCUCAUGGCUCUCUCUGGAGAAUGGGAAGGAGAGUGCCACGAGGAGACUCUGGGAUGCUGUCAAAGUUGGGAGAGCUGGUCCAUUGGCACACGUCACUCCAGUAUGUCGUUCCUACCGGAGAGAGCUCAACCUGCUUUCUUCAAUUAAAGUUUAAGUGUCCUUUCCUAAGUUUCCUUUUUUUUUGGCUAGGUCAUGGAGAAUCUCGAUGGGAGUUGUACAUAGUCGGGCCAGGCUAACUUUUUUCCUCAUCAUUCUUGCACUGGACUUGGUCAGAGAAGUAUCAGUUUGGCUCUGAAACUAAUGAUGCUUUGGUUCCUUGAAGCUGCUUUCGUUGUGUGUCUGCUUGUACUGAAACACUGACUUUCAGUCAGGGUUAACAGAAGUCUACCUUUAGUGCAAUGGGAUUUCAGUUUUGUUCUGGGGGAGAGGGAGUCCUGGAAGGUUAGCGUGUAACUUAGUGAAACACUGGUUCUGGAACUGCCACUAUGCAUUCAGAGAGGCCAGCACUACUACUCCCUCAGCUGUGUUGGCCCUGGCUACCCUCUUUCUUGCCAGUGCUUGAAUAGACAAACCAAGUUCUCAGAACAGGUAAGCUGUGAGCCCCAGUUGGACUCCUUGACAAACUGGUUUCUACUUCCUGGGGAAGAGUUGUGGACCUCCAUGAUCUCCUGUCCUCCUCAGGCUGGUAAAGUUUUUGUUUUUAAUUUAAACAGAGGCCCUUCUGAGAAAUCAGCCAAUCAUCAGUUUAGAAUACAUACAGUGUGAAAUCAGAAGUCUUAUCUUUCAAGUACUUUCUUUUCGGGGGGAAAUUCACUGCAUUGUUUCCAUUUUUUCACACUGCUAUAGUUGCAUUAAUCUAUUAACAUCUAGUAAUAGCAAUCAGACUUUUGGUUUUGAUAGUACAAAAGAGUAUUAUGUUGUACAUGGUUGAAGAUCUAAUUACAUAAAAAAUACACCGUCUUGAUGAUCUUUGAAGUAAUUUGCUAAAUAUUUUGGUUCUGCAGAAAGAGAUGCUAAUAAAACCUUAAAAUGUG